AUGAGUAAACUUACAGAGCAGGCUCUGUUCGACCACAAAUCAGACCGUCAAACCCGCGAGACCUAUCGUUACUUCCAACCAGCAAACCCAGCAGCGCUAAAUGCGACAUGGCCCCCCGGCGAGCAUUUGACCUCUACACUCGGUCUAUCAACAGCUUCAAAUUCUGCUACUUCUGUCUUGGAUGACGAGAUCUCUGAAACUUCCUCGAUUGAUGCUAGCCUUCUGUACAGCCCGAAUACGACUUUGACUUCUCUUGCACAGCUCGCAGCUCUACGCCUGAAUGCACAACGUGCAUUUAUUACUAUUUUGAAUCGCGACUCUCAAUUCGUCUUGGCCGAAGCCACAAAAACGACCAACGUGGGAAGCUCGACAUUAUUUGGUAGCAAAGGAGACAACCUCUUUGCUGGAACAUCCACAUUGACAAACACUUGGAACAUUUGUCAGGAAACAGUCAACAUACUACCGCAAGAGCAAGAAGAUGGAACGUAUCCUUUUCUUAUCAUCAACGACCUUCAACGCGAGGAGCGUUUCAGCGAUUUGCCUUUCGUACAAGACGAACCACACUCCCGUUUCUUUGCCGGAACACCCUUGACCAGCGAGAGCAACAUCAACCUGGGCUGCUUGUUUAUUCUGGAUCCUGAACCCCGUGAAGGGCUGUCUGAUACGGACAAGGAUAUACUAGGGACAGUGGGAGCAAUGGUCAUGGACUAUUUACAGGUCAGCCGCCAGGCUGUUGAAGGGCGCCGUGCCUCCCGGUUAUCACAGGGUCUCCGUCUAUUCGUGGACGGCAAUUCCAGCUUUGCCGAUGAUGCUCCCCUUGCUCGCCCGAACAUCUCAAACUACAGUCCGUCCUCACAUACAUCGCCUCAUUCUAGGGCGAGCCGAUCUGCGAGCUCUCAACAUAGCGAUUCCAGUCUUCGCGCGGCACAAGCCGAGAACAAUGAUGUGCCCAUUCAAGAUGGCGACGCACGAACUUCUGGCCUAUUCUCUACCGAAGACUUGGGGGCUAGAAUUUCAGCUAGCCCGUCGCCAUCAUCAUAUAGCUCGCGACAGGGCGAUGGCGGUUCGAUGGUCUCGAGUAACACAGACUGGUUAUUCCAACGAGCUGCGAACCUUUUACGGCAAAGCCUUGACCUGGACGGUGCCGGGGGUGUAAUGCUUUUAGAGACCAGCGAUGACUCAUCAGACAGUCCCGCCCGCAGCCCCUCGCAUCCCGCUGAUAUCGAGACACCUGGUCCUGUUCUUGCGUUGUCAACCAGAGAGGAUCCCUUUUCAUACCAGACGGCCUCUGAGGUAUCUUACCCAGCCGUCAAACUCGAUAAUGUCUUUCUCAAUCAACUUUCUCGUCGCUACCCCAAAGGUAGACUCUGGUCAUUUCACCGCGACGGGAGUCUGUCUACAUCGGAUGAAGAGCAAUCUGUCGGCGCAUCCCGCAGAUAUAAUCAAACCUCCAGGGCUUUGGAAGCCAGCAAACUGAGAGCCUUCUUCCCUGAUGCGAGUCAGGUCAUGUUUGUUCCAUUAUGGAACGCCAAUAAAUUACAGUGGUUUGCAGGGUGUUUCUCGUGGACUCCUCAGUCGACACGAGUCUUCAGUCGGGCUGUCGAUCUAAGUUCGAUGUUUGGCUUCGCUUCUUCCAUUAUGACUGAAUACAGUCGCGUUGAAUCAGUUGUUGCAGACCGCCAAAAGGGAGAUUUUAUAAGCAGCAUCUCUCACGAACUGCGCAGUCCAUUACAUGGCGUCUUAGCAGCUGCCGAGUUUCUGGGGGGUACUCAUUUGGACGAGUUCCAAGAAUCUCUUCUCGAAACGGUAAAUGCAUGCGGCCGGACUCUCUUGGAUACCAUGAACCAAGUUUUGGAUUUCAGCAAAUUAUUAUCGCUGGAAAGGCAGAAGAAGAGAUACAAACGCAAAAAAGAUCCAUGGAGACCGAAAGCUCCAGAUGAAGUCUCGGCCCGGCUGGAUCCACCCGUGUCAACAAACAUUGCCAUUUUGACAGAAGAUGUUGUGGAUAGCGUGUGCUUGGGGCAUUCUCAUAUUCAAAGGUCAACUAUGCCAAUCGAUCAUCCCAUUGGCGAAUCGCCAAUUUUGUCUUCCACGCCAUCCAACAAGACUGACUUCAAUCCAAAUGUGGAAGUUAUCCUUGAUAUCAGCGAUAAUGACUGGUUUUACAAUGUCCAGCCCGGCUCGCUAAGGCGUAUUGUCAUGAAUCUUCUUGGGAAUGCUUUGAAAUAUACCAAAAAAGGCUUGGUGUCUGUCUCAAUCCAGGCGACUGAGAAUUCAAAGGGUCGUUCUCGACGUCAGGGCCUUGAGGACAUGGUUACGUUGACGGUUUCAGACACGGGUAAAGGCAUCUCGGAUGAGUACCUACGAACACGUCUAUACACCCCAUUUGCACAAGAGGACACGCUCUCGGUAGGCACUGGUCUCGGUCUAUCAAUUGUUCGCGGCAUUGUGAGAACACUCCAUGGAAACAUCAGAAUCAAAAGCCGAGAAGGUGAAGGCACUAUUGUUAAGGUGACAAUCCCUCUUGAGCGUCCAGUGGGAGAAAAGAGCCUGUCAUCGACGCCUCAAAUACAGAAAUUGGAACGACAGACACUUACAGCACCUUCACAACUGCGUCAAUUGGACAUGACUGGGAAACGCGCCGCGAUUUGGGGGGUAGACGCUUCCUGUCUUGGUGAACAUCAUUUCUGGUCUUCGGUUGCCCAGUAUCUUACUGACUGGUUUGGCCUGAAGCUGGUGCCUUGGUCUGUCAAUGAACCUAUUGAUGUUCUACUCGCCAACGAAAGUGAUUUGUCUGCAGAACAAUUCCAGUGUUUGCAUACCGCGUUGCCAAGCAUCCUUGUUUUCCGAAAUGAGACAGGCAGCUCUAGUGAUACCAGGAUACACUGGUCGCACCUCGCUGAUUCUCUGGUGAUGCUUCGUCGACCCUGUGGCCCACAGAAACUUGCCAGAGGGAUCUUGAAUUGCCUUAAUUCAAAGCCGAAGACUGCACCGUUCUCACCCCCUUACAAACAAGAAUUUGUGAUACCGGAACGACCCAGGCCCUCAGGUCCGAAUCCAUCGACUGGGGAUUCUAAAUUAUCGUCAUCCGAAAGUUUACAAUUACCCGCAGCUGAAUCAUCCAAUUUCAAGACCAGUUCCCGCAGCUAUAUGGAUCCUGCGGAACGUAAUGUUUCUGGCCAAUCUCCAGGUACGGACAGUUCUUGUCUCACACCUGGAAGCGGCGCGUCUAGCGCUCACACACCUUCCUCUUCCUCCACACCCUCGCCACGGGGCUCAAAUUCUCUUAAUCCCUCGUCUAGAACCCAAGGGAAACCCCGGGUAUUGCUAGUCGAUGACAAUGAUAUCAACCUUCGCCUUAUCCGAACUUUCAUGAAGAAAUGGAAUCUCACGGCUGUCGAUACAGCACAAAAUGGCCGAGAGGCCGUGGACUUGGUCGAAAAAACGCAGCUGGGGUACGACCUCAUAUUUAUGGACAUGUCCAUGCCAAUAAUGAACGGGUUUGAAGCGACUCGUACCAUACGUGCGAUCGAAAGAGAACGAGGCGACAACGUUUCGGCCAAGAUCAUCGCGUUCACUGGACUCAGCAGCUUGCGUGAUGAGUCUGAAGCCUUGGAUUCAGGAGUAGAUGUCUUCCUUACCAAACCAGUUUCAUUCAAGGAAGUAUCACGGCUGCUCGAAGAUUGGGAAAUCGAACUGUCAAAAUAA